CAGGUCUCCAGGUGACAAUCAGCAGUCAUUAACCAGUGGAGAAAAGCUUACAAAAUUCUUAAACUGCGAUGGGAAGAAAUUGCCCUUAAUUACACUUUUUUCACAUCUGUGGGUGCUGAACUCAUCUACAGAACACACAAUGGGAGCAACCAUAAAACCGAGAGCAACUUUUCAACACUUAGGUAUUCACUUCCUGCUGACUGCAACACUACUUGGAGUUACUGGUGGACAAAUUUCACCAAGAAUAGACAGUGUGUUUCCUUCAUAUGGAAGCUUGAACGGUGCAACAAAGUUAACAAUUCUUGGACAAGGAUUUUCUGAUGCUAACCAGUUUGAUUUUGGCGCUGGUACUGAGUACCUUGGUAACAGUGUACAGCUAGUGUCUGGCAGCAGAUCCAUUCCAUGUGAUGUAGAAAAGGAUUCCAGUCAUUCAGAUAUAAUCAUCUGCUAUACCAGGCCUAUGCCAGAGGACACCUACACUGUUAGAGUUUCUGUAGACAGUGUGCCCAUUCCUUCCAGCAGUACUUGCAAUGGCUAUUUAUCAUCAUGUAGUUUCUAUCCAAGAUCUUACUAUACUCCAACCAUUAACAGCGUCACCCCUUUGUCAGGCCCACCAGGCACAUUGCUUACUAUGAAAGGCAGGAUUGUAACUGAUGUCUAUGGCAGCAACACAGCACUCAGCUCCACUGGCCUCAAUGUUAGAGUUUUAAGAGCAUAUGCAGGAGGAAUGCCUUGCCAACUUCUGAUUCCAGACUCUGAUACUCUGUAUGGUUUAACACAAGAUACAAUGAUCUGUAAAAUGACAGGGACGUAUGUAGGCCACUACAAUAUAAGCUACAUCUUGGACAGUAAUUAUGGAAGGAGCAUGCCAAAUAUUGCCACUUACUUUGUUUCGUCUCUAAAUAAAAUAUACAUGUUUCAGACAUAUGCAGAUAUCACUGGUGUUACACCUUUAGUAGGAAGUAUUCAUGGUGGUACCAUUCUGACAAUUACAGGUGACUUAUUUGAUCAGACAGAUGCUCCAGCUACAGUUCUAAUAGGAGGACAAAAUUGUGCAGUUUUGAAUUUAACAAAUAAUGAAAUAAUCUGUGAGACUGCAGCCAAGCCCAAAGAUUUACCACUGUUAUUUCCAGGCAGCAGAGGAAUAAAGGUUGAGAUGUGGAAAAAUCAAAAUCCCAGUUCACUUGAUGCUGUAUUACUAUACAAUUCCAGCACUUCUGGAUAUCAAGAAGCCACAUGGGUUGAUGCUGCUUCAUACAGCUGGCCUAAUAGCCUGAAUUACUUUGUUGCUCGCCUUAGUGGCUUUUUUGUUCCACCAGAAACUGACAACUAUACAUUCUUCAUUCGUGGGGAUGAUCGCUCUGCUCUCUACUUUAGUGAGACUGGACAUCCAAGGGACAAGGUUAAGAUUGCAUACUGUGACUGGGCCAGCAACAGCUAUUACAACAUUUAUACUCAACAAUCAAAAGUUUUUCUGCUCCAGAAAGGCAAACCAUAUUACUUGGAAAUACUGCUUCAGCAGUACACGUUUACAGCAUUUGUUGAUGUUGCAGUGUUCAAGUAUAUCACACCUUAUUCUAGUCAGCAGAUAUCAACUGUUGUACAGGAAAUACAGGCUCUGCAGUCACAGAUGUCUCUUUUGCCAGAAAUACAGGUUAUCACAUUGGAAAACUGGACGACUGGUCCUGCUGUGAAGGAAGUUCAGCAGAUAACUGUUACAUGUUUGGAUGGGGCCGACUGCAUAUUGUAUUCCUAUAAGCUGAGUUACCAAGAUGAACAAACUGAUUUUCUCACUGCUAAUGCCACAGCAGUUGAAGUUGAAUCAGCUUUAAAUGUGCUCCUGUUCAUAAAACCAGAUACAGUUUCUGUAACCAGAGAAGAAUUCAAAGAUGGCUAUGUGUAUAAUGUCACUUUUAAUUCAGAGAGAGGGGGAUUUGACAUUCUUCAAGCUGAAAUUGAUGGAGAAAAUUUCACAGUUGCCAUUGAAAAACUAACAGAACAGCCUUACAUGAAGACAUUUACUUUGUCAUGGGAUGGAGUGGACUCUCUGCCUAUACCAUCAUAUGCAAAUGCAACUCAGGUCAAAGCUGCACUUGUUGACAUGCUCAGUGCUAAAUGUCCAGAAGAAUUUGUGAAUCAAAACCAAGCAUCUGGUGUGAUAUAUUUCCAGGAUUACGAAUCACCUGUCACAUGGGGAUCUUCAUCAUAUCGAGGAGAAUUUGAGACAGAUGCUUUUUGUGGGCGAUAUUCUUUAAAAAAUCCAUAUAUUCUUUUUAGUAGCACUGAUAUUCCUAGAGAAAUAUUACUGUCAACCUACAGUCAGUUUUGCUACGCAUACAAAGGAUAUCCAUGGAUCACAUUUUACAUCACUGUACAGUAUCAAGACAUAAACUUCAUAUUGUAUACUACAACUGUCGCCUACAGCAAACAGUUUCCUGAAGGAAAUGACAUUAGGUGGAUUAUCUGGAACAGCAAGUCCUUGCCAUGUCAACAUAUUUGCUUCAUCAAUAUUACGGAAGUUCUUUAUGCCACAUUCAUGGAUUUCCUGAAGCUCCUUCAUCAGCCUCCUGCUGGCCGCCAUCUUGAUCUGCAGAACUCCCAGCAUACUCAGCGGCCAACAAGGCGGCUAAAGCUGCUGCACUUCCUGGCUUUCAUAAUUUGCACCUGUGUCUGUCUGUACAUUCUAGGUAUAAACCUGAGAAGACCUGGUGCGCUGGCAAACAGAGGCAUUUUUAUCAGACAGCUUGAUGUGCAGCAAAGGACAACGGCAGCAAACUCAUCCCUUCCAAACCAGUAUGAAAUAACUAUGUCUACUUACAACUGUGGCUGCAACAUCCCACUGUUGGCUGUGGAGUUUACACAGGUUUUCUCUAACAGUACACAAAAUGAAGCAGUGUACAGGAACAAUAACUGGCCAAAGGAAACCCAAAUCCGGGUACAGAGGACGCAGGCAGCAUCACCUCCAAUUGGAGGCACAUUUGAUAUUUCUGCAUAUGGAAACACAAUAGACGGCCUGGAAUCAGAUAUUUCUGCCACUGAUUUACAGUAUGCACUGCAGUCUAUCCCAGACAUAGGGCAAGUGUCUGUGUCAAGAAGUGGAAGCUGUUCUGGCUAUUACUGGACUAUCAACUGGGUCAGCAAAGGUGGCAACCAACCUUUACUGCAGGUGAAUGAUUCUAAAAUUACUGGUGUCAAUGCUAAGCUGACUGCUUCAGUGGUAAGAGAAGGUGGGAUACUGUACAGUCCAAUUAUGGGAGACAUGCUGCGAACUCCAAACCCAGCACCUCAGGUGGAAGUUUUUAUCAAUCGUCUACCAUCUAUUUGCUCUGGCAACUGCACUUAUAAGUGGGACCCAAGUGCUACUCCAGUUAUUUCAUCUAUUAAUCCAACAACAGGGUCUUAUGCAGAUGGUACAGUUUUGACAAUUUCUGGGUCAGGAUUCAUCAUAAAUUCUGUCAACGAAACAAUUUCAGUGAUCGUUGGCUCUACUGACUGCCCAGUUAUUUCUGCCACAGUGAACCAAAUCACCUGCCAAGUUGGGAACAGUAGUGCAGGCCCUGGCACUGUCACUAUCAAUAUUCCUCAUCUUGGCUGGUCAGAAAGGACUGCAAUUGCCACAUUUAACUUCACCUACCAGAUGAACAUCACUGGCAUGUCACCUUUAUCUGGAAGUCUUACAGGUGGAACUCUGUUAACGAUAACAGGUUAUGGCUUUAGUCAAUCCUCUGAAGUGUUGGUUGGAAAUAAGAGCUGUGCUAUUAUCCAAGUAAAUAUGAAUGAAAUAGACUGUAUAACCCCAGAAGCCUCCUCUGGAUUCACUGACGUUGUUGUACUCACCAAUGGACUAAAUGCUACUGCUCCAUCACAUUUCAGUUACGAUGACGCACUGACUCCUACAAUAACUAUGAUAGCUCCAAAUGCAAGCACUGUGAUAGGUAACACAAGCCUUAUAAUCAGUGGUCUCCACUUCCAGACUUUUGCAGCAGGCAGUACAGUGUAUAUUGGGAACAAUGAAUGUCAAAUCCAAUUCUGGAAUUCUACAUACAUCAUGUGCUUGUUGCCAAAAUUGCCUCCCAGGGUAUAUAGCAUCAAGGUCAGAGUUGGAAUGUGGGGUUAUGCAGCUGUAAGUUCCUCUCUCAGUGCAUCCAUUGAGUACAUUUUAGAAGUAACAGAUGUGCAUCCUGCACAGGGGUCCCUGUAUGGAGGAACCAGUAUAACUCUCUCAGGUUCUGGAUUUGUCCCCGGUGAUGUAAACACCGCAGUGUUUCUGGGGUCCAUGCCAUGUGAUAUCACCUCAGUUUUGGAAGAUGAAGUGACAUGCAUCACACGACAAAAUAACAACAAUUACCUUGUGACCAACAAUGGCAAACAUCCAACUUAUGGAACAGGGUAUGCCUGGAGCCCCUCUUCUCUGAAUGUCCUCGUUGGAGACACUGUUGUGUGGGUUUGGCAAGCCCCACAAUUUGUGACAGGAGUGGGAUACAGAGUGUUUAGUGUUUCUAAUCCAGGAGAUGUCGAUUAUAAUGGCAAUGGUUUUAACAGUGGAAGCAAGACUGACAGUGGUACCUUCUCCUACCAGUUCACGUCUCCUGGUGCGUACUACUACAGCAGUGGAUAUGUUGAUAACUCAAAUAAUAUUCUCAUGCAGGGAGUUGUGCUUGUCGCCCCAGUUCAAGACAGCAUGUUGAAACUAAAUGUUUUAGUGGAUGGAAUAGAGGCAAACUACAUUCAAGGAAUACAACGUAAUCAGAGAUCCAUAGAUAAUUGCUUGGCAGCUGUUCCUGACUGCUCUCAGACUCCCAGUACUACUUUUAAUGAAAGUGGACUAUUCUUUCAAAUUUCCAGCUGUUACUCCCCCACCAUUACAAACAUUAGUCUAUCCAGUGGAACAGUACAUGAUGAAAUAACCAUCUCUGGAACUGGCUUCAGCAAUACAACUUGUGCUAAUGAGGUAACAAUAGGAGGGUAUCCUUGUAUAGUAAAUCAAAGCACAGAUGUUUCAAUUACCUGCAAGGUAGACCCUCAAGAUAUGAUGAAAAUUGGAAUUGCAGAAUUAGUUUCAGUAACUGUCCAUAACCUGGGUGCUGCUGUUAAUACUCUAACAAAUGAGUUUGCUCGAAGGUUUGUUCUGCUCCCUAGCAUUGAUUAUAUUGAUCCAGCUGUUGGCUCUACUACUGGAAUGACUUCAGUGAACAUAUAUGGAUCUGGAUUUGUGGGCAAUAUCAGUGACAUAAGCAUUAAUAUAGCCGGUAUUCUGUGCAGUGUGGUCUCAGUUAAUUACACACAUAUCCAGUGUAAAACUAUGGUUUCCACCUCUGAACGUCGUGAUCCAGUCAUGGUUUUAGUACAGAAUAUUCCUGCAAAGUGCCUUGGAUCUUGCAACUUCUGGUAUUCUAACAGCAUUAUUCCUUCUGUAGAGACUGUUUUUCCUAGCACUUUAAGCAGUUUAUCAACAGAAGUUCACAUAACUGGAACUGGAUUUGGGAAUGACAGUUAUAAUGUAAUCAUUGCUGUAGGGGACUGGAUUUUCUACCCCAGUGAUAUCACAGAUAACAACAUUACCUGCAUGGUAGGGCCAGUGCCUGCAGGCACUUAUCAUCUCAGAGUUGUUGUAAAGAAUAAAGGCUUGGCAUUAGGAGCUCAGACCAUUACUAGCCUUGCCGUAGCUUCACUGCAGCCAUCCUCUGGAAGUAUCAAUGGUGGCACAACCUUACUUAUCACUGGGAAUGGAUUUUUACAAGGCUUUACUUAUGUGACUAUUGGCACUACUCCAUGUCUGCUUACCUCUGUUACACCUGGCGAAAUUCAUUGUAUCACACCAGCUGGGCCUGAAGGACCCAAAGAUGUAGUGAUCUCUGUCAAUACUGUCAGCUAUCCAGUUCUGACAUUCACACGCCUACCAGCUAUGACACCCAAUGUCACACAUGUGACUCCUACAUCAGGACCACCUGGAACAGAAAUUGCAAUAAAUGGAUCUGGAUUUGGCACAAAUAUUUCAGAAAUCCUGGUAACGAUUGGUGGUGUGCCAUGCAAUGUGACAAUGGUCAGUGACAACCUUGUGAACUGUGUUGUAGGAAAUCAUGCUGGUGGCUUAUUUGGCGUGGCAAUUUUCCAUACUGUAAAGGGGUAUGCUACAUCAACAGCAAACUUUAUGUAUGAGCUACGAAUUGAAACUGUCGCGCCAAAUGAAGGCAGCUUUGGUGGAGGUGCAGUUUUAACAGUGACAGGUGCUGGGUUUGAUCCACAGCUCACAGCAGUAUCUGUCUGCAAUGCAUCAUGUGUAGUGGACAUGCUGUCAUCAACCUCAGAAGUUCUCUACUGUGAAGUACCUUUCAACAAUGGUACAAAUAACAUUCAGGUUUGCAGCGUCACAGCUACAAAUGGAAAUAAUACAGUUCAGCAUACAGAUGCCUUCACCUAUAAAUCAACUCUGACUCCCAUAAUUACUGAUGUGCACCCACGGAGGGGAGGAACUGCAGGUGGUACUUCACUCACUGUCACAGGAUCAGGAUUCAGUACACAGAUUGAGGAAGUAAUGGUCACUAUUGCAGGAACUCCAUGCAAUGUCACUUUCACAAAUAGUACAAAUGUUAUCUGUAUCACCAAUUCUCAUUCUCCAUCAGAGCAAACUAAAGUGAAGGUUAAUAUUGGACACAAAGGAAUUGCCAAACUGGACAAUGCAGAUUUCUUUUACAUUGACGUCUGGUCAUCCAUAUACACCUGGGGAGGGUUGCCUCCACCUGAUGAAGGUUCCUUUGCAGUCAUCACAGAAGGACAAACAAUCUUGUUAGAUCAAAGCACUCCUGUUCUGAAGAUGCUUCUUAUUCAAGGAGGAAAACUGGUCUUUGAUGAAGCAGACAUAGAACUACAGGCUGAGAAUAUUCUCAUUGCAAAUGGAGGUAUCCUACAGAUCGGAACUGAAGCUGCUCCAUUUCAGCACAAGGCAAUUAUUACACUCCAUGGGCACCUUCGGUCUGUCGAACUUCCAAUUUAUGGUGCAAAGACAUUGGCUGUGCGUGAAGGUGUGCUAGAUCUUCAUGGCAUGCCUGUUCCAGUGGUUUGGACAAGACUGGCUGUGACAGCUUUGAAAGGAUCUUCUACUUUGGUUUUAAUGCAGUCAGUGACAUGGAAGGCUGGAGAUGAAAUUGCAAUAGCCUCAACAGGAAACAGACUAAGUCAAUCACAGAAUGAAAAGAGAACAAUUGCAAAUGUAUCUGCAGAUGGCAAAACCUUAAGUCUCACUGAACCCUUAAACUACACACAUACAGCUGUAUCUGUCCCACUGCCUGAUGGCACUGUGUUUGAAGGCAGGGCUGAGGUUGGCCUCCUAACAAGAAACAUUCUGAUACGAGGCUCUACUAAUGUAGAAUGGAGUGACACAAUAUCAGCCUGCCCAGAAGGAUUUGAUCCAGGUGAAUUUGCAGUUCAGACCUGCUUUCAAGGAAGAUUCGGUGAAGAAAUUGGAAGUGAUCAGUUUGGUGGAUGCAUCAUGUUCCAUGCACCAACUCCUAAUCAAAAUCUUGCUAUUGGUAGAAUAGAAUACGUUGAGAUCUUUCAUGCUGGACAAGCAUUCAGACUGGGCCGUUAUCCAAUACAUUGGCACUUGAUGGGAGAUGUGAAUUUUAAGUCGUAUGUGAAAGGCUGUGCAAUUCAUCAAACGUACAACAGAGCGGUCACUAUACAUAACACACACCAUCUUCUGGUUGAAAACAAUAUUAUUUAUGAUAUUAUGGGAGGAGCCUUUUUCAUUGAAGAUGGGAUAGAGCAUGGCAACAUUCUGCAGUACAAUUUGGCCAUAUUCGUAAAGCAAAGCACCAGCCUCUUGAAUGAUGAUAUAACACCAGCAGGCUUCUGGGUAACCAACCCAAAUAACACUAUACGCCAUAAUGCAGUUGCUGGAGGCACUCACUUUGGUUUUUGGUAUCGAAUGCAUAAUAACCCUGAUGGGCCUUCCUACGAUCCAAAUAUCUGUCAAAAGCGAGUGCCUCUUGGAGAAUUCUAUAACAACACCGUCCAUUCUCAAGGCUGGUUUGGUAUCUGGAUUUUUGAAGAAUACUAUCCUAUGCGGAAAGGAUCCUGCUAUUCCAGUGACCCAGAACCUGCAAAAUUUAAAUCAUUGACAACCUGGAACAGUCAAAAAGGAGCUGAAUGGGUGAAUGGUGGUGCUCUACAAUUUCAUAAUUUUGUAGUGGUGAACAACGAACUGGCAGGUAUAGAAAUGAAGAGAGUAGUGCCAGAAUAUGUUGGAGGCUGGGGAGAUACAAAAGGUGCUGUCAUUUAUAAUGCUGUAGUAGUAGGCCACAUUGACGAACUUGCACUUGGAUCAAACUUUUGUACCAACAAGGGAAUAGUUCUUCCCUUUAAUGAAGGACUAACAGUGUCAAAUGUCACCUUUAUAAAUUUUGACCGUCCCAGCUGUGCAGCAGUUGGGGUGACAUCUAUCACUGGCACUUGCUCGGAUCGGUGUGGGGGAUGGAGUGCUAAGUUUAGUGGAGUCAGAUACUUCAAUACUGCCAACAAAGCUGGAUUCAGAUGGGAGCAUGAAGUUGUCCUGAUCGACACAGAUGGGUCAUUAUCAGGUAAUGUUGGUAAUAAAGUGAUUCCAACCAGCCAGCUACUUGAUACUGACCACUGCAAGCAAGAUGCCAAUUGGAGUGUUGGUUUUCCAGGGUCUGUCUGUGAUAACACAACAAGUUUCCAUCGUCUAGCCUUCAAUAAUCCUUCACCAUCCUCACUAUUUGGAAAGAAUGUAAUAUUAACAAAUUCUCAUGGUAGCAGUGUUGUUCCUUACCUGCCAAAGCGUCUUACUCAUAAACCUGGAUGGAUGGCUCUGAUUCCAAAUGCAGACACAUUUAACUGGUAUUUCCAGAAUGCAGCCUACAUGGCAAACAUCUCUUACUUUGCUACAUUCUAUGGAUUUAAGGUGAAUGAUUAUGUAAUUAUCUCACACAAUCUUACUCAGAAACCUGAUAAGUUCCAGAUCAUAGAUGCCCGAAAUGGCUCAAAUCAAUCUCUCAGCUGGGAUAAUAACUACAAUGGAGACUGGUACUUUAAUGACAACACAACAACUGUAUACUACUUAGUAUCUGGGAAAGUAAACAGCAAACGUCGACGUCGAGAGGCAAGAAGCCUGGACCCUACAAUGAGAGAUGUUAAUGUUUACUAUCACACUUAUGCAUGCUUUUAUGAAAAUUGCAAUCCCCCACUUCCACCCACAUUUCCUCCACUCUCCAGCAGCAAUAAAACGAAUCGGUCUGAUACAGCCUUCUGGGAGGUAAAGAAUUCAUCUGAUACAUCCUUCUGGGAGGUAAGGAAUUGGUCUGAUACAUCCUUCUGGGAGUCUUCAGCUCUAAACAACUACACAGUUCCCAGAGCAGGAUCAACAGUGAACAUUCCACCAGGUGUGUGGCUCUUAGCAGAUGUAGUUAUUCCUCCACUGAACAAACUCAUCAUUUAUGGGGCUUUAGAAUUGUUAUCUAUCAUCUCCACUGGAAGAGCAGAUCGAAGCUUUUCUCCAUACCAGACAGUGGUGCUGAAUGCAACUUACAUAUCAAUACAGGGUGGCAGACUGAUUGCUGGUACAGAAGAUUCACCCUUCAGAGGAGAACUACAGAUUAUUCUGAGAGGAAACCAUUUUACUCCAGAAUGGCCUUUGCCAAAUGGGCCCAACCAAGGAUCAAAAGUAUUAGGUGUAUUUGGAGAUUUGGAUCUUCAUGGACUCCCACAUACAGUGUACAAAACUAAGCUCAGAAGUACAGCAGUGGCAGGUUCUACAAGCAUUUCUCUGGUGAAUCCUGUAGACUGGAAGGUUGGAGAUGACAUACUGAUUACAACUACCAGCUAUAGUUCCUGGCAAUCUGAAGUAAGAACCAUUGCUAAUAUUUCUGAAGAUGGAUUACAUUUGGUCUUAAACGAAUCCUUGUCUUAUACUCAUAUUGCUGAAACUUAUCAAGUGCCAGAAACUGGACAGAACUACACACUUGCAGCGGAUGUGGGACUUCUAACCAGAAACAUUAAAAUCAUUGGAGAGGAUUACCCACAGCUGAUAGAAGAAUCUUUUGGGGCACGUGUUCUGGUCAGCACAUUCCAGUACAAUGGUGCUCAACUCAGAGCAGCCUUCAGAGAAUUUUUCCUCGGGAAGAUAACAAAUGCUGGCAGCAUGAAUGGAAAGAAAGAGACUUCACAGAAUGGGUCAUACGUUCAAGGCUGCUCUUUCCAUCAUGGCUUUUCUCCAGCAAUAGGCGUAUUUGACACAAAUGGACUGGACAUUGACGACAACAUCAUAUACUUUACUGUUGGUGAAGGCAUCAUUAUAUCAGGAAGUGGGAACAGAGCACGUGGAAAUCUGGUGGUUUUGGCAGUCUGGCCUGGAACAUAUAAUGGAAGAUUAGAGAAAAACAAUCCCCUCUGGCAUGCUGCAAUUGAGGUGAGAGAUGCCGAGAAUGUUGUGCUUCAGAACAAUGUAGUAGCUGGGUUUGAACGAGCUGGUUAUCAAAUCGAUGGAGAGCCAUGCCCUGGUCAAUAUAAUCCAGUAGAAGACUGGUAUAACAACGAAGCCCAUUCAGGGUUGUAUGGAAUCUACAUGAACCAAGAUGGCCUUCCUACAUGUUCACAUAUUCAAGGAUUUACUCUCUGGAAAUGUUGGGAUUAUGGUAUCUAUUUUCAGGUAAUGUCAAGCGUGAAGAUUUCAAACGUAACCCUGGCUGACAAUGGAAUGGGAAUUUUCUCAAUUGUAUACACACCUACUUCUCUUUCACAUGAAACUUCCAACAAAACAAUUGCCAUUAAGAAUGCAUUGCUUGUUGGAAGUAGCCCUGACUUCAACUGCUCAGAUAUUGUCACAAACAGUGAUAAUAAUAUUGCACUCAGCAAUCAGCAUCGAAGCACCAGACCUCCCAAAGGUGGAAGAAGUGGAAUAUGCUGGCCAACAUUUGCUUCUGGUCACAACUUGGCACCAGGACAUCCCAAUGCUGGACUUAUGACAUACCCUGCAAUCAGUGGCCUAAUGACAGUGCAAAACUCUGUAUUUGUGGGAUACAGAAAUAUUUGUUCCAGUGAGACAAAUGUAAUGUUUAUGACAAAUCCUGCAAAUGACGAUCUUCAGCACCCAAUACAUGUUGACACACUCCAAGUUAUCAACAGUGCAGAAAAAGCAAAAGUCUUUAUACAUAGACCUGAUCUGAGCAAAGUGAAUCCUUCAGAUUGUGUAGACAUGGAAUGUGAUGGUAAAAAGAAGAAUAUAAUCAAAGAUUUGGAUGGGUCUUUCCUUGGAAAAGUUGGUACUGUCAUACCUCAAGCAGAGUACCAGUGGGAUGGAGAUAAACGUUAUGGAAUUGGAGAUUAUCGAAUUCCCAAACUUUUGCUAACUCGCUUAAAUGGUAGCCGUAUUCCAGUAGCAGAAAUUGCACCAUAUAAAGGAAUACUCCGGGACUCCAGCUGUACAUAUAUAUCAGAGUGGGAGGCCUACAAAUGCUUUUCACUGAAUUAUGAUAUGCUUGUUAUUGAAAGUUUGGAUUCUGACACCGAGACACGAAGGUUAUCUCCCGUUGCUUUGCUUGCUGGUGGAUAUAUUGACCUCCUAAAUGGGCCACAGGAUCAUGGCUGGUGUAAUGGAUAUACGUGCCAGAAGAGAGUCUCUCUGUUCCAUGGAAUUGUAGCAAUGAACCAAUCAUACCAGCUUUUCUUCACCAGUACCACUCCCCAGAACCUACGAUUAAUGCUGCUGAAUGCUAAAGACGAUGAAGUAAGAAAAACAAUGUUAUUUGCAUAUGUUUUACAAUAA